UAAAGAAGAAGCCAAAGUUGAUAAAGAAAAGCAAAAGGAAGUUGGUGAAGAAGGAGCUGAAGUUGAUAAAGAAAAGCAAAAGGAAGUUGGCAAAGAAGGAGCUGAAAUUGAUAAAGAAAAGCAGAAAGAAAUU